AUGUUAGUGCUUUCAAUGGUUGCCAGAAUGCUUGGAGGAGGAAAUAGAUGUCAUCAUCACGAAAGAACCAUAAUUGGGAAUAGAGAAGUUAUGAUAGUCGAUGAUUGUGUUAGUAGAAGAGAUGUCAGAAGACUUCGUAGGGAUGUCAGAAGACAUUCAAGAAGAAAUCACACUUAUGUUUAUGGAGGAGAUACAACCAUUUACGAACAAUCAGCUACUUCUGUACCACCUGUAACAGUUACACCUGUGUCAUCAACCGUUACCCGUGUUGUCUCAUCUUCACCUCCUCCUUAUGAAUUCAAAUAG